AUGGCCGAUGAUGAUGAUAAACCUAAAAAGCACACUUUGCAGUCGCUAUUUCAUCUUUAUUGCAACUAUAUUGUAAUAACCUUGGAUAUAGAUAAUGAAGAUCAUGAUGCUAUACUCUUGUCGCAAAUUGAUAUGUGGCUCGAGCAAGCCAAACUCUUGAGAACUGUAUUUACUUUAACUGAAACUGGCUUAGCCUAUAUGAAAUUUAGGAAAUGGCGAUUGGACUUUAAGGAAUUUCAAGAAUUCUUAGAAUUAAUUGUUAUUGGUAAAGACUUGCCCGUCAAUGAUUUAAAAGAAAUGUUAAUUGAGGCUGGUAUACCCGGUUUUGCUGGCGAAGUCGUCGUAGUAAAAUGA